AUGGGUUAUACUACAUAUUUCCGCAAUACCUUGCUAUCCGACGUUCUUGAGUGGACCGGGGCAGUCACUAUCCCGUCGGGAUUCCAACCACAGACUGCUGCUACUAAUCAAGCCAAGGAAGAGGCUGAGGAAGAUAGGACCAAUGCUCACAAAGUAGCUAGUAAUGAUGUUGAAGCCGCAAUGGAAGUGGGUCAUGUUCUUAAGUCUGGCAAUGAUGAAGAAGAAAAGGAUGCAAACGAGACACAAAUUCCUGUAAACGACACAGAUGAUUCUUCCGCCAAAGAGAUCGAUCCCUUCUUAGUGGAUUGGAACGGCCCCACUGAUCCAGAAAACCCCCAGAACUGGCCUGCCAAGAAGAAAGCCCUUGUUGUUGUCCAAGUCAUGUUACUAACCACUUCGACUUAUAUGGGUUCUUCUAUUUACACCCCAGGACAAGAACAAAUUCAAGAGAAAUUCAAAGUCGGACAUGUUGUUGGCACAUUAAACCUGUCAUUAUUUGUUCUGGGAUACGGUCUUGGUCCAAUGAUAUUUUCGCCACUUUCGGAAGUAGCUUCUUUUGGUAGAAAUCAUAUUUACAUGGCCACCCUCUUCAUGUUUGCUAUAUUGCAGAUUCCCGCUGCUUUGUCGCCCACUAUCGGAGGUCUUGUUGUCUCCAGAUUCCUUGCUGGUUUAAUGUCAAGUCCUUCAAUUUCCACUGGCGGUGCUACUUUGGGUGAUUUUAUUACUCCUCAGAUCCUUCCUGUGUUCAUCGGAUGCUGGGCUAUUGGUGCAGUUAUGGCUCCUGGUAAGUUUUUCAGUUCCUCAUUAGAGAGUAACUGGUUUGAUUUUGGAAACACUACUAACUAA